CCCGAGGCCGCGGCCGCGGGAGGACGAGGGCGGAGACGGCCGGCUGCGCCUGCGCACGAGGCUGGGGCCGGCGGACGCGGGCGGCGCGGGGAGAAUGCACAAGCUGAAAGCAUCUCAGAAGGACAAGGUCCGCCAGUUCAUGGCGUGCACGCACGCCAGCGAAAGAACUGCUAUCUACUGCUUAACGCAGAAUGAGUGGAAACUGGACGAGGCCACAGACAGCUUCUUCCAAAACCCAGACUCGUUCCACAGGGAGUCCGUGCGGAGCGCGGUGGACAAGAAGAAGCUGGAGCAGCUGUACGGCAGGUAUAAAGACCCACAGGAUGAAAACAAAAUUGGAAUCGAUGGGAUCCAGCAGUUCUGUGAUGAUUUAAGCCUAGACCCUGCCAGCAUCAGCGUUUUGGUCAUAGCGUGGAAGUUCAGGGCAGCAACGCAGUGUGAAUUUAGCAAAAAGGAAUUCGUAGAUGGCAUGACAGAGCUUGGGUGCGAUAGCACAGAGAAGCUAAAGGCUCUUCUGCCAAGACUGGAACAAGAGCUUAAGGACACAGCGAAGUUUAAAGACUUUUAUCAGUUUACCUUUACCUUUGCUAAGAACCCUGGGCAGAAAGGUUUAGAUUUAGAAAUGGCUGUUGCAUACUGGAAAUUAGUAUUAUCUGGAAGGUUUAAGUUUUUAGAUCUUUGGAACACGUUCUUAUUGGAACAUCACAAAAGAUCAAUUCCAAGGGACACUUGGAACCUCCUGCUAGAUUUCGGAAACACGAUUGCAGACGACAUGUCCAACUACGAUGAAGAAGGAGCCUGGCCAGUUCUUAUAGACGAUUUCGUAGAAUACGCUCGGCCAGUGGUCACAGGUGGAAAACGCAGAAAUUUCUAGGCGGAAAAUGGAGACGGGUCG